AUCGACAAUCCAUACACACAACUCAUCUUGAUUCUUGACUUGUUUCUGGUAUCGCAGCUCCUGUCAUACGGUAAAGCGUCAUCUCUUCUUUCCAGUGUCACUUAUCAUUCAUAAAUUGAUAUCUUGUGCGAUCAGUACUUACUAUCGCCGUCGACCACCAUUCCAAGUUCGGAGAGCGAUUCAUGAUGUUGAUGUCUAUGAUAUCUCAUCUACUUUGCGCGUGGUUCGCUUUUUUGCUGCCAAGUUAUUCUACCUACAAGGCCCUCUCCUCUCCUUUAUCUGGUGACCUCCAGAACCUUUCGAUGUAUUGGGCAGUAGUUGGGGCUUUUAUUGCAGUAGAGUCGACCAUAGGCUCAUUCGUAUCAUGGCUGCCAUUUUAUUGGGAAACACGAACCCUUUUCUUGCUCUACCUAUCUCUCCCGCAAAUCCAGGGUUCGACCUACAUCUACAAAACCUACUUUGAACCCUUCUGCUCCAAGAAUCAGGCAGAGUUGGAUUCGGGCAUUGCUUCUGCUCAAAGCAAUGUCCUCGGUUUCCUUCAAUCCCGCAUUUCUAUGCUUAUUGACCUCUUGUGGACUAUCCUGAACAAGACUCCCAUUACCAAACAGCCUCAAGCUGCGAGGGAGGGCCAACCUGGGCAGCAGCCCUACUCCCUCGAAUCAAUGAAGGGGCUUUGGACUUCUUACGGUCCUGCUAUUUUGGGAAGAUUAGCAAAGUCUUCCUCAAAAUCUAGCUCCUCUCCCGAUGCUUCUACGUAUGCUAGUGGUGCUGGGGUCAAUCAUAAUGGCGGGCAGGAACGGAAGUCCGUAGAAUCAGUCCACGAUCCUACCGCCUCCUGAGGCACAUUCAGGAGAUCACUUGAAGUUAAUUUUCUAAGACAUUUCUCUUCCAACUUACCAAAACACGAAUAGACUUUUUGUCUCUUAUUUUAUCACUUUAACAAGAGUGAGUGGUAUAUAACGUAGGCGUGUGUACUGUACAAUGCGCAU